AUGCUAACAAACACAUGUGCACAUGCACACUCGCUCGUUCCUCCUCCUCUCUCCCCCCCCACACCACAGGUGCGCGGGCCACUGGAGCGCAUAUCGUCGGUGUACGGGGCAGUGCAGGAUGCAAGCAAGGAUGAGGACACGUCGGUGCGGGGCCCUCUGGAGCGCAUAUCCUCAGUGUACGGAGCAGUGCAGGACGCAAGCAAGGACGAGGACACGGCGGUGCGACCGUAUCAUUAUACACUCUCCUCUCCCCCCCUUCCCCUCCUCCUUUACCAGGUGCGCGGCCCUCUGGAGCGCAUAUCAUCGGUGUACGGAGCAGUGCAGGACGCAAGCAAGGACGAGGACACGGCGGUGCGGCGCUGUAUCAACGAGCUGCAAACCAUUGAGAAGGAGCUCACUGCGCUCAAGUCGCCUGCUAAUGUGUCUGAGGCAGACGAGCGGGCGGUGGUGCUGGACAGGCUGGACACCAAGCGCCACGUGCUACAGCAGUGCUGCCAGCUGAUGCCUUCUCCCUUGCUCCCCCUUCUCCCUUGCUUCCACUUCUCCCAUCUCUCCCCAUCUCCCAACAGAGGCGGACGAGCGGGCAGUGGUGCUGGACAGGCUGGACACCAAGAGGCACGUGCUGCAGCAGUGCUGCAGCAGCUGCGAGCUAAUGCCUUGGGCGGACGAGCGGGCGGUGGUGUUAGGCAGGCUGGACACAAAGCGCCACGUGCUGCAGCAGUGCUGGCUGUUGAUGCCUUUUUCCUUGCUUCCCCGUCGCUACUGCUGUCUUUGAUUCCCCGUCCUCUCCUCUCCACCAGAGGCGGACGAGAGGGCAGUGGUGUUGGACAGGCUGGACACCAAGCGCCAUGUACUGCAGCAGCGGAUGAGCGGGCAGUGGUGUUGGACAGGCUGGACACAAAGAGGCAUGUGCUGCAGCAUUGCUGCGACCAGAUGGCGGCGUGUGAGUGCAAACGAGCGCUGCUGGUGAAGCUGCUGACAGACGCGCUCAGGACACAGGAGAGCAAGCUGGAACGCUUGAGAUCACAGGUGGAGGUGAGAUGCACAGAGCCCGCAUCCCUCGUUCUCUCUGGCCCCACCCACUCCCUCUAUCUCCUCCCUUUCCUACGAAAUGGAAGGGAGGGAGGGGAAUACAUCCCUCCCAUGCUCUGUAUCGCGCGCACGCAGUCGGAGAUAGCAGCCAACCUGCGCAAGCGAGCCACGGAGGAGGAUGCUGCUCGCGCCUCUGCUGGCCUCACUGCUGCAGCCAACCCCUCCGCUACUGCCCCUGCCACCACUGCUGCUGCACCAUCCGCCCCAGCAUUCUUCCCAGCCCCUGCAACAGCAGUGGCCCCUGCCGCUACAGCUGCACCUGCACCAGCGUUCGUUCUCCCUGGGCUCCAACCUCCCCCAGGCAUGCCUCCUGAGAUGGUGGCUGCAGCCGCUGCUGCUGCUGCAGCUGCCGCCGCUGCUCUAAACAGUUCACAAGCCUCUACCCCUGCUGCUGCUGCAGCUGCCGCUGCUGCCGCCGCUGCUUCUGCUGCUGCUGCCGGCAAUCCAGGUUUGCCGGCUGGUCUUGCUGCUGCAACAGGCCCGGGUGCCGGAGCUGGUGGGGUCACCGAUACUGAGCGGGAGGCUCGGUGGAAGCGGGCGGCGGAGCUGACGAGCCAGCUGGUUGCUUCGGCAUCAUCUGCCGCGAUUUUGAAAUCCGUUCUCUCGUCGUUUGCAGCUGGGCAAUCAGUAGCAGCAGGAGACGCUGCCGCUGCUGCUCCAGCUGACGCUGCUCGUGCAGGUGGUGGGGGGGAUGGUGGUGGUGGCGGUGGGGGAGGAGGUGCAAACGACCCUUCUCAGCCACCAGAGAAGCGGCUGCGACCCACUGAUACAAGCACACCGCCUCUGUCACACUCAUUUGCACCUCCUCCCUCCACUGCCACUGCCUUUGCUUCCCCGAACCAUGCAAUGUUCCCCCCGCCCCCACCCCCACUGAACAUGGAUGGCAUGCCGUUCCCCCCCUUGCCCCCUCCCCCCCCUCUCCCUACUCAAUCCCAUCCUCCCCAACAGACCUCUGCUGCCAUGCCUCAGUAUUCUCUUGCUCCCCCUCCUCCUCCCUACACUGCUUAUCCUCCCAAUGCUGCCACCGGUGCUCCCCCCCUUCUUAUAAUGUUAUGGGGCAGGGGAAUGGGGGUUAUCAGGGGCAAGGGCAGAUGGGGCCAGGGGAUGGGGGUGUGGGAGGGAACGUUGGUGGGCAAGGAGGGGAAUAUGCUGGCACAGCCAGCGACCUCCGGUUAA